GGGGUUGGCAAGCGUGGUCGUGUGUCGCUCGUUUGGCCGUUUGCCGCGACCGUCGAACGAACCCGAAUGCUAUGCGGCGAGCCCAGUUUACAAUCGCACACGAAACGGACCGCACAUGUCGGCAGUGACCGGAUCGCGAGCUUUGUCGCGCGAAACCACACAAACCCCGUACGCAACAAACGUGUCCCUGUUCGCAGCUCGAUGCACCAAACGCGUAACGCGACGGAAAAGCGCCGGAAAAUUCACGUUUACUUCUACGACACCCGACAGCGAACCGGCAGCGGAAACGGACGCUUCAGCGAUUCGCAGCACACAGUGCAUAAAACGUCACUGCCGGCCAACAACAGAAUUUACAGAAGCAGCAGAGCAAGUGCAUCGGGUGCAAAAAAAAAAGGUGAAUACAAAUGUCACGCCAGUGUAGGUGCUAAAUGUUAAAUGUGCUAAGGUGCUGUAGGUGUUUCGCGUGUGUUUAGAAGAAAAGAAAAAUAAGAAAAAGAAGAGAGAAGUACGAAUAGAAGGAAAGAAGAGAGGAAGGAGAUGAAAAAGAAAGGUGCAAAACAACACACAGUGAUAGUGAGUGAUAAUAUUAAACGCCAAUGAACCGAAUCAGGCAACGGCACGAAUGCAGUAGGAUUUACGCCUGAAGGAAAAUAUGACAACCGUGUUAGUAUCAACGUAGCCACACAUAUACGCAACACAUUGCAUCGAGUGGCCGGCACAGCACCGGAAGUGAUCGUAACGCUGCAUAACGCACCGACGACAGGGGCGAACAACAGGUAAUUUUCACAACCCUUGACCCACAUCGAAUGGAGUUUUACAUCAACCUGUUGAUUGUCCAACUGCCUACAGAAGGAAUAGUUAUCGUACAUGAAAAUACUCCCAUUGCAGAUAAGCUUCCGGAUUCGUGGGCCGCCGGACUCACGGACACUCCUGCACCGCGGCGAAACAACAAGUGCAUAAAUCAAUCAAUCAAUCCUACGGCACACUGACGAAAGUGUGCACAGGAGUGCAGCCACGGAUCGCCUUGAGACCUUUUGUGAACGAUUAACUAGUGCCUUUCCAUAUUCGCUUGCGGAAACAUUCGGGACUCGGGCAAAACUAUUUGGUUUUGCAAAAUUUCGUCCCACAAAAUCAGAACGAUAGUGCCCGCAAAAGCAAACGAACAUCGACUGGAUGUGAAAUAUCUGUGCCAAUCGCUAGUCUGUGACAAAUUACAAGAGUGCCGUUUCAUCGUACAAUUCAUACGAUCGUUCAAAUAGAUCGCGUUAAAUCGACAGUUAAUCGUUUUCCGGCUCCGAGAGCCACCGAGCAAAGGAAGGAAACAAAUCAGUCCUUGCAGUCAUUCGACUGGUGCUGAGCAGCAAGCAUAUUGUGAUUUAAGUUAAUGUACAGCAACAAUACUUUCAUAUACAAACGUACAAUCAAUCAUAUUUAAACAAUACAAUACAAAUCUAUUUAAAACAAACCCGUAUACUAAGCGGAAGCAUCAUCACACGAUACUUAUAUGUUGUGCUCCUAGCAGCAUCAUCAUACACCAAUACCUUACCAUUGAAGUGCAGUUGUUGUGGUGCACAGAAACCAACAAUUGCAAAACACACGACACUAGUGUAUACUAACGCGCAUACAGAACACGUGCCUCUUUCCAAAAUCGAACCACUUUACCGCUGCGCAAGUGGGUGCGUCCUCAAAGUGCAAAAGUAAACAGCGCAAAGCAGCAAAGAGCUGUCCGUUGCUGCAAACAACAUACCAGUGAAAAGAGUGUUUUUAAAUAGAAAAAAACACACACACAAAAAGUGUAUUUGAAAUAUCUGUGAUUAAAUUUAUUCUGUUAAUUUUGUGUGUUUGUUUGCUUUAUUUUAGUGUCGGUCCGUGAGCCUUACCAUUUUAAGUUUUUUUUUUGUUCGAUUUUAUAACGAUCCUUUGGUUGGUUUCAACGAAGUAAAAGUGCCACGUAAAACAUAACAUACGAACGAACGAACAAACGACUUGAUUUAGAGAGUGUUAAAAAGAAAAAAACACGCGUUGGGAAAGUCACCCAACAGCAUACAAACGAUAUACGAACUACGUCAAACGAAACAACUUAAACUACCCGGGGCGAAUCAAAUUCGCCCGUCAUUUAGUCAUCGUACCGGCUAGCGAUAGCUGACAGUUGCUAAGAGCAACAAUACCUUCAGCGCAUCAGCGCUGUUAAGCAUCGACACGCAGCACACAACACAACAUGUUCAACACAAACCUCAGCCUCAACGUGCCAUCGCUCCUUAUCAUGGACGGUGGCACACCCAGGACGCCGGAGAUCCUGAACUCGCUUAUGGCCAUGACAAAUCCGCUCGAGUACUCGUACCCAGUGAACAACUCACAGCAGACAUCACUGAACGAUAGCCAUUCCAACAGCUCCGAUUCGCCACUGGACUCGCCAGCCAGCCAACAACAUCAAUCCCAGCAGCAACAACUUCACCUUCACACCGGCAAGACGCCGAGCGUACAACAGACAUGCUCGCAACUGAUCAAGGAAGGUGUGAAGUUGCUGAUUCAGAGUAAACGCAAGCACAGUGGUGGAGACUCGAGCGAUGGAAACGAAUCCAGCACACCGAAGGCAAAGGUAGCCCGUCGGCGUGACCCCUCCAUGACCGAUCACCGGGAGACGAGUGAAGAUGAUAUGGAAUCAAAGGCGAGUCCUCGCUCGACUGUUGCGUUAACACCAGAAGAUGAGGAUCGGCGACGGCGACGCCGCGAAAGGAAUAAAAUCGCCGCUACCAAGUGCCGUAUGAAGAAACGUGAACGUACGGUUAACCUUAUCAACGAAUCGGAAACACUCGACGCCCAAAACAAGGAGUUAAAGUCGCAGGUCAGCAAGCUGGAAACGGAGUACCGGAAACUGGUGGAAGUACUGCAAGCGCACGGUCCCACCUGCGUCCACCAGAAAGGCUAUCAACCUCUUCCCUCGCUGUCAACCAUUAUCGGUAACAGUGGUAGUGGUGGAAGUGGGAAAUAUCUUAACGAUCUGAACUAUCUCGAUCAGGACCAAACGGGUCAAGGGGAAAUUAAAUACUCCGAGUGUCUGAAAUCGGUUUCCUCGAGUUCCGGCUCACCAAUGGAUAGCUUCUCCAAGCAAGAUUCUGGCAUUCUUCCUCCCGGCUACUGCAAACUUUCGCCCACGGAAACGACAAGCUUCCUGCUCGAAUCACCCUCAGAAUUAUCCGGUACUGGGGAGCAGAUUACCAAAUCGGACUACAUUCCCGGACCUGCAGUUUCUGUCGCUUCGUCAAGAACGAACUCCAACACGCAACAACCUUCGAAGAAUGGACGAUCCAAGCCUGGACCCAAACCAAGACAGUCUAGAGCGCAGAGUAAAACGACUCCAGCAUCGGUAGCUACAUCCACAGCAACGAAUCUUCCUUCAAUGAACAAUACCACAACCACCACCUUCGGUAGCAAAGGGAAUCCCCUGAUUGCAGCAACCCUCAUGACGACGACACCUUCCUCCUCCCCCUCAUCCGUACCUUCUCCACUAACUGUAGGCAACUCGGUGUCGACAGUGAACGUUAUCAACUCGAUCGGAACACUUGUGACUACUGACGAUGAUGACUUUAUUCUGAAAAAUGAACUCAUCGACACGCACAGCCCAUACACCACGGUACAGAGUGCGGAUCGGUUCUUGUUCGAUGCCACACUUGAUCUGUACAACAAUAACGCCCACAGUCCCCUCACUGCCGGGCUCAACUGCGCCCAACCGCAUCAACAACAACAGCAACAGCUUCAACAACAAUCACAGCACAAUCAUCAUCUCCAGCAGCAGCAGCAGCAACAACAGCACAGUGCAACUCUCAACAACAACAAUCCAACCAUGGUAAACGAAAAUGACAAGCUUAAUCACCUGAACGCCAUUAAAGACAACACCUCCAAUACGCUUCUCGAGUUCGGCUCUAGCUUCGAAACACUUAAGCCCGCCACAGUAGACUACACGCAGCAUCAACAACAGCAGCAGCAGCAGCAAGCACAACAACACUCCAACGGGAUGCAUCAUCAGCAGCAGCAACAAUUAGAUGGUUUGCUGGUAGUCGGCGAUCCUACUCUCGGCCAUCUUCUCCAUCAUCACCCGCAACAGCAACAGAACCAUCACCAGCAUCAUCAUCAACAUCAACAACAGGCGCAACAGCAUCAACAGCAACAUCAUCAGCACAACCAGCUUCAACAACACCAUCAGCUUCAGCAUCAACUACAACAACAUCACCUCCAACAGCAGCAGCUACAGCAACAACAACAACAACAACACCACCACCAACAGCAACAACAACUCCACAAUGCACUAGAUCUACUGGGACCGGUCGCGAAUGACUUCCUCCUAAUGACUGACGACGAUCCGACGGAUUUCACCGAUCUAGACAGUGGUAUAACUGCGUACAGCAGCAUCAACGGAUGUCUAGCGUGACCUGCAGCUUUCGAUCUGUAAACAAAACAAAACCUUCCACAAAGACAGCAAAAAAGCUUCUUCUGCUCGUAUCGAACUGCUACUACUACCCAACAACAUUAGAGAUCAUCAGUCUUGUUUUACUUACAACCAGAGCUUGUUUCACUCUUCUUAUGUUCCUCAUUUGUCUGUCUUCCAACAUGUCUGGUGGGAUAGGAUUCCUCCGUUCUGGGAAUGCUUAUGUUCCUUUUGCAACAGAUUGUACAAUCUCGUCCAACAAAUCAUGUUCGACAGUAAGAACACCUUUAGGUGUUCUUCUACUAUAACAAAAAUAUGCAACAGGAUUUCACUUCAGCGUUCUAAAUUGAGGUUAGUUGGCAAACGCCACACACAGAGAGCUGCGUACAAUGUGCGCACACAAAACAACAUCAUCAGAAAUGCCCAACUUUCCAAUCUUUCAGGAUUAGGAGAAAGAAAAGAAGUCUUUUUUUAUCACCAUGAUAUUUUCGCACAGAUAUUCCACGCAUUGUUGAUCACUGUGAGCCUUGUUCAUAGCUUUCAUAGCGCUGUCCAACAGAGAUUACUUUCGCAAAUUGUCUUUAUUUUCCUGCUCGAAUGGAAUGUGUUGCUUUUCGCUUUAAUGUCUACAACUAUAACUAAAACGGAACAAACAAACAAACAAAAAAAGACUACAACAAGUAAAUGGCGGAGUGGCAGAAAAAAGCUAACAAACCAGAAACAAAAGGAAACGGAGGGUUGCGAAACGAGAUGGCGAAAAUGAAAAGAUCGGAAAUGCAUUCCUUUUUCGUGCGUAAGGUUCAAUAAUCGUAUCUCAUUUUAUUACUAUUAUGGAACACUAUACUGGAUGUUAUUAAUAUUCUUAUUCCUACUAUCGACUAUUAUUAUUAUUGCUGUGGCUAUCUCUUACCGUUUCUUUAACAUUUCGUUCUGCUCUGUUCCAUUUGGCACUUGUUUCCAGUUGCUGUAUGUUGUAUGGCUUUGGGCUGCUUUUUUGUUGUUGUUGUUGUUGUAUCCUCCAUUUACUUGUUCAACCUCCUCUUUUCUGUUUCAUACCUUUUCGGUUUAGUUUAUUGUCGACUUUCAACUGGACAGAGAAUCAGUUUUGCAUAUACACUGCUCUUUUGGCAAGUGUUGUGUUCAUGUCUUGUGCUUCUUCACACCCGCAAGCUAAUUUUUGUCAACCAGCAGAAUGAUGCCCCGAUUACUUCCUUCCUUACUCUUCCCCUUUCGCCCUCUCUAGACACAAUUUGAAUACUGUGCAAUCGUAUGUUUUUCUUUAUGGUUGCGUAUGCUUGUUUUUGACGGCUCAAAAUUCAGUUUGCAUUUGUACAGUCAAAAAAACCGCAUGGUGCGCAUUAGGUGGGCGCUAAAACGAGAGAACAAAAUGGAUGUCAAACGUACCACAUGGUAACUGUAUGAAACGAACCUUAGCGUGAGCGGUGUGUUUCUGGCCAUACUUUAUCAUUCAAAAGGCAACACACAAAAACGAAGUAGUUUCACAUUCAGAAGCAGCUGGCAUCUUCCAAAAGGUUUCCACUUUACUGUUCAUACUCGCACCCAUUCAUUUAUCUUCGUCUCACCGUGCAAAGUAAAUUCAUUAAUUAAAUUACCAUUUGUACGGUGACUUGAAAGGAAGACAUUUUUUUGUUCAACAUACACAGAAUACUCGAGAUGGCAAACAAAACAAUGUUUCCAAGAAAGAAAGACAACAGCCGUUCAGGCAACAUCGCAAAUCAAGAAUUAACCAUAUUUGAAUGUCCAUGAUUAUUUUCGGGAUUAUUUUCGAGUAAUUCUGAUUGAUACACAGCGAGCAAAGAAUCUCAAAUCAUUCGGCUUCCGUUUUAUGUUUUAUCAGUUUUUUUUUGUAUCUCAACACUCUGUCUCUGGAGCAGAAUUUAUUGGUCCAAACCUCAACAUUCCAGCACGAAAAGAAACGACAUUUUGUUCAGUGUAUCAGAGCCUUAUCCGGCAAGUCACUCUCCACAGUGUCUAAUGCACCGAGCACGAUCUACGUACCGAGGAACAGAUGUAUAUGUGUCUAAAAGUAAAGCUAGUUAACUUAAUAGUAAUAUCAAACUAACGAUGUUUUCACACUUGUUCUAUUGUGUAUUGUGAACACACACACACACGAAGGAAUGUUUCCUUCCACUUCGUACUGAUUCAGGUAUCAAAUCAACCAACGGAAAGUUACCAUUGUUCUAUUUGCGAAAGCACUCUCGCUUUUCUGGUCCAGCAUGCCAAACGGAAAGUUACCAAUCGAUUCAAAACCCCAGAAGCUUAAGUUUUCGUUGCCCAAUCCAACUGGAUGGAUUGAAAACCAUAGACCUUUAAAUGCGGAGAGAGUGUUUGCGUGUGUGUGUAUUGCCCUAAAGGCAAUCAUUAAUCUACGGGUGCCAUACUUUUAGCGUACAUGUGUGCUACUACCAUUUAACGAGCGGAUGUAAUACAAGCAAAUUAGUAUUAGAUGUUUCCUCGUUCAUGACUUGUUUUUUUUUUCAUAUUUCAUUGUAAUUACUAUUAAUCUCACUUAGUGAUUUAGUGACAACAAACCAAUCUCUAAAAAAAACAUCAAAUGGUGAAUACUUAUAGUCUUCCUUAGGCGUUUUACUACACUUUUUCUUUAUUAUUAGGAGUGUGACAUUUGUCGAUCAAACGCGAAUGGCCCAAAAACGCAUUUGUUAACAGAUUAAGUUUCUUGUUUAAAUAAUUAACACCAACAUUACUUUGACCACGCAUACCAUCUGUUCCUCGUGCUUCUUUGCAUUAGACAAAACCCUGUCAACCAUCACACAUCUCCUGUUGCUGGAGUGCUCUAGCAUUGAGAUCUCUCCCAGCCGCUUCGUACAUCACAAAAGCACAGCAUCAAAACAAGACCAAGACCAAUUUAAUAUUAGCUAGAUUUGGAUAGUUGUAAACGUACUAUUAUUAAGCAUAACAACCAACCGAAAGCUUACUGUGAAAACUAGGAUAUAGGACAAAUGAGUAUGAUAUAUAGUACUACGGCCUUUAAGUAACUGCAGCGAAAACACAAUCGCCGAUCGUGCAAUGGUCGUCGUGCAGCGCACUACGACACGAGUAUAUAUUAUAUAUAUUUAUCAACUAACACUGUUGCAGCCUUUCAAUGCGUACCAGUCCCGUCAGUAGCUCAGUUUAUAGGAGAGUUACUAAGCACGCAGAUAAGGCAAAAUCAUGUUCAUUGUAUACCAUUUUAAGCCGUUUGUUCCACCUGGAACGCCCCAGGAGCCUUAGCGCCCGCAAACAGAUUUGCUGUGCGGUUGUGUCUUCGUUUUAUACUCAGGUGGUUUAUGUUUAUUUGGACCAGUUUAGCUUCACUGGUUUUGUUCGAUGCCUUUACCAAAAUGUCCUUCACGGUUUAACGGGCUGGACUUCUAAUACUCCAUGCCCUCAGUCUGACAGGACCGAUGGUAACAGGAUAUAUGCAAAAUCUAUGAAGCUAAUAUCGAAUCCGUUCAAGGUGCCGCUUAAACCACCAGUCGCAUGCCUUACGUAUGGUAAAAGAAGCCUACUAAAACGAUAUUUAAUAUUGAAGUAAAUUCACUACCCCAAAACUAGAUAAAAUGCCUUCCUAUUUCCAUGAAUAGGUUAUAAUGCAUGUUGCUAGUUUUUUCAGACAAACAAACCAGAAAUCAAGAAGAAAAAAGCAAAAAAAAUACAACAAAAAAAAGAAGAAAUACCAACAAAAGGAAACAAACGAGAGAAAAAUAGACAAAAAAUAUUAACAUUCAACAUUAUUGCAUACAUUGCUAUAGCCUUAGAUGUGUACACUGUACGUGUUGUAUGUAUGUUUUUAUUUUGUAUACUUAUUGUGCAUUAGUGGGCCACGACCGUACUCCAAAACAAACGCUUUUUCCCUCCCUCUUACUGUAACUACUGCCCAAACAUCAAUUCGAGAAGAAAAUGCAUAGCAAGACGAUUUUAAAAUAGAAAAAAAAGUGUGAUAAAGAAAAGAAGCAGGGUCGCAUUGGGUGAAACAAGAGAAGGAAACAAUAGAUAUUAAAGAGAAACUGAAAGUUCAGAUCGACAAAUAUUCAAAUAACACAGAAGACUGUGAAUCAUUCUAUCAGCAAAGUCGAAUACGAAAUUCGCCAAAUUCUUUCUCCCCUUUUUCCCAUGCCUAUCCUUAAAAUCGAUACUAGCUCAUGUAUUUUUCACUUCCAACGACACCCAAAAACAGAAAACAAAGCGUUCAAUAAAACAAGCUAACCGAUCCCAAGGUGGGUGCUGGUCGAGGUCUAUUUGCGUAUGCACAAAGGCAGGAAGAUAAAAACUAUCGAAUGAAAUUUAUUAUUCUACUUUGUACCUGGCUACCGUUGGCCACGUUCAUGUUGAUGAACGCAAAAAACAAGCGACAAAACCGAAAAGGACUCAAAUUUAAUCUCCUUACUCUAGAUUAUUGCUAGCGCACAAACAGACAACCGGGGCAGGAAUGGGCAAGUUGGAAUUUAUAUAAGACAGAGAAUACGUUCUACAACUCCAUGCCUUCCAUCGCAACUGUAAUUGGUUAUAUUGAGUUUGCAAGAAACAUCAAAAAAGCACAUCAGGAAAAUACAAUACAGCCCUUUCAUCCCCCCAAUAUCAGUCCCUUUACUACAGCUACUGUGACGCUGGGCGAGAACCAAUUAGGGCUGCGAAAAUUUAUCGAGCACGUUAUACACUACACGAGACGUGUCUAUUUUGUUCCAAAAACCUACUUUACUAAGCAUCUAUUCGUCGCAGCUUCCGUGUACGCACACUACAGACAAAAGAAAUAGGGAAGGAAUCCCCCAAAAAGAACCCUCGAUUCCGCUUCUGCAAUCGGAACAGAAGCGAGAACUAAAACAUAUUGAAUGUUCGCAUAAGUGUUGCCUAAUGUGUUGCGCAUGAAAAAGAAAAUUGUAACUACGACUAAAACAGCAUAGCUGACAAUGUGAAAGCUUCACUAGAAAAAGGACAAUGGACGAAGUAAGCAAAGAGUUCAACAAGCAGAAUCAUACGUUCGCUUUGUUAGAAAGAUAAGAACGAUGCAAACAAAAUAAUUGAAAACAAAAACCGAUCGAUUCAGCAAAGGAAGAAUUAUUUACAAUCUAGGGAAAGGUAGAACGAGCAACAAAUGUUCGACGAACCAGUGAUGAAUCAGUAUCAAAAGCUGUAGUAAUGUAGAAGGCAAAGAAAAUGCGCAUAAAAAGCAAAAGAAAAAAAGGAAUUCGCGUAUUAUUUCGUCUGCUAAACGGCAAACAAGUGUUUCAAACGCAUCCAAACUUUACGGCAAUACGAAUUACAGAGAGACAACCACACGACUGCUGUGUCGGGAAGCGAAACCAUGAUGGAUAAAAAUAUAAACAACAUCGGACUAAAAUAGCCCAAUAUAACAA